AUGAUAUCUUAAAAAGUGGAUAAAUAUUGUUACUAAAAAUGGUAGUACAGUUAUUUCAUUUUGAAUGAUCAUAUUCUCCAUUAUUGUGAACAUUAUGUAGGUUAAUUUAAAGGUUAGAUUCAUUUGAAGAUGUCUACUAUCAUAUAAAUUACUGAAGAUCCUCUAAAGAUUAUCAUAAACCAGAAACAAAUGAAAUACAAUUGA